UGCAUCUAUACGUCUUGCAUUUGUUUUGUAAAAACAUUACUAAUAAUAACCGAAUGAAGCGAACAGUUACAACGAUGGAUACGAUUGACAGCAUUUUCAAUCGUUUGUUGAAAAUCAUCCAAAGGAUUCGCCUGAGGCACCGGUGGCGCGUUCUGACGAGGAAUGCGGCAACCAGUCUUUUUUAUUUCUUGUGCAGGGACAAGUGGAGUAUAUCGAUUUAUUGGAAAUAAUUACGAAUAUUCGACACGAUUGUCGCAGUUUUGCAUCGAAUAGAAAAAAGAUACAAAAUAAUCGAUGUAAAUGAGCUGAAACUCGUGAAAAUGAGCUCACUACAACAAGGAAGCAGGUUCCUGCCGUUCUCAAACAACAAUUUACAAAGGAAACAAUUGUCUAUGCAAGGUGGUCUUCCUCAAAGUUUGAGCGGUAGCGAUACUGAUGUUUCCACAUCCAACGAGAAUUUAAGCAACGAAGAACGAUAUGUUAUAAGACACACGGAGAGGCAAGAGCCGCAGGGUCAGGAGAAUCAACAGCAGAGUCCCUCCAGAUCUUCCAGUCAUAAAGAAAACAUACCGAACAUUCAGGGCAACUUGCACAAUAGGAACAGUCUGAAAGAUAGUUUGAAUGGAUCGAACAGGAACAGUCUGAAGGAGAGCCUGAACGGCUCGAAUCGUAACAGUUUGAAAGACAGCAUUAAUGGAUCCAAUCGGAACAGUUUAAAGGACAAUUUGAGCAAUCGCACUAGUGUGGGUUCGAACAGAAGUAGUCUGGAUGUCUCGACAAGCUCUUACAACACAUUGAUCAUACACAACGCCAAUGACGACAACUCAUGGAUACCAUCUGGACGACUAUCGGGCAUGGUGAGGGAACAUGGGGAUGUGAGCUACCUGUACUGCGAUGGCGGUGGAAAGGGUCAUUCGAAUAGUCCUACGAUGCAAUCUCUAUCCAAUUUGUCGCACGAGGAUUACGGCCACGAGCAAUCUGGCAGUGGCGGUUGUCAGGAAAUCACGGAUAUUCCGGACGAUUACCUUAGUCAGUCUCAGGUUUUGAAACAUCUUGCGAAAGAGGUGAAGGUGCCGUCAUACACGAAUAAUGGUGGUAGCCUAGAGAUGAGACUAGGAGAGAUCAGAAUAAGAGACGGCGAUCGGAGGAAGCAGAACGACAAUGAGUACGAGGACGGAUUAACGCCAUAUAUGUCCACGCUGUUGAAGAAUCGACUCCUCGGGCCGUCGGAGAAGUUAACCAUUUCGCGAUCGCAGCCUGAUCUCUCUAGGAUCAAUAAGGCGGACAUCGAUAAUUAUAAUCUCCGAACGACUUCACCUCGACCUCAGACUAAAGGACGCGAGGAAGUAGAGAGAAAGACGGGCGAAAUAUGGCCGUCGUCGGACGUGGUGCAGAUUAUCCACGAGAACAGCGCGUUGAAGUUGGAAUUGGAGCGAUGCUACAACAAGGUCGCCAAAUCGCAGAAGUUGGAGCAGGAGAUCGCCAAGGUUCAUCGCGCUCACGAGGAGCUCGCGGCAUCUUGCGAGCGACGGGAAAAACUGGAGCGCGCCGCCCGUAUAAAGCUGCAGAACGAAUGUCGUCGAUUGAACGAGUUGAAUCGCGCACUGAGAGACCAGGCCGAUAUACUGUCCGCACGUACAGACAGUCCGCCGAUUGUCGAGAAUAUGCGGAAGGAAUUGACACAGCGCGAGCUGCUAAUCGGACAGCUCAUUACGAGCAGUAAAGAAUUAAGCGCUGCGAAAGAGAGACAGGAGAUCGAGCUGGCCGCCCAGCGGGCCACUUUACAGGAGCAACGUACGCACAUUGACAUUCUGGACACCGCGUUGACUAACGCACAAGGCAAUGUCGUGCGUCUCGAAGAAGAGUGUCGCAAGAAACAAGUGUACGUGGAGAGAGUGGCUCAACUGCAGCGGGCUUUAUCUUCGCUUCAAGCGUCUAGCGAUAGACGAGAAGAAACCGAAAGACAAUUGCGGGGUCAGUUGGAGAGGGAGUUGCGCGAGGGCGGUGGAGGUGGUGGUAACGGCAACGAACAGACAUCGAAUGGCGAGACCAUUGCGGAUUUAAAACGACGAUUGCGCGAACGAGACGAAAAGAUUAUGUCGCUCGAGGGCGACGUUACCAAGUGGGAGCAACGUUAUCUCGAGGAGAGUGCACUGAGGCAAGCGGCUAUCGACGCAGCCAGUCUGCCAAAGGACGCAAAAAUCGCUGCACUGGAAAAGACGAGUCAGGACGCGGAGAAAUUAAUUGCCGAGGCCCGCUCGGAGAAGAUGAGACACAUGGACGAGGUACACGCCGCGCAAAAGAAGCUGGCCGACCUUGAGUCUAGGAUGAAAGAUUUGGAAUCCAAGUUGGCUGAGAGAGAUGCUAUGAUCAGAGUGCUGCAGAAGCACACGUACGAUAAAGCAGAUAGCAGUAGCAGCAGCGGUGUAGGCAGCUAUCCCGCUGUACAUUCGUCUCAUUCAAGUACGUCGGCGGAUCAUCACACCACAUUGACAAGCACGCCGGAACUCGUGAGCAGUGUACUUGGCAGUGGAAGCGGUUAUGGCAGCACCGGUUCUUACGGUGUCACUGACAGUUAUAAAUAUAGAAAGCAGAGCAGCUUUGAGCAGACUAAUAAGAGUCUCGACGAUCAACUGAAAGAGCUAGACUCGCAGCUGCUUAGCAAGCGGGCACUUUGCUGUUUUCCAGGAUUCUCUAAUCCAGGCACUGCGUCGCGAAAAGGAAAAAUACCCAAGCCACUACUGGCGGGUGUAGAUAGCACAGGUACCUCGAGCACAGCCUCGAGCAAGAGUCGACUGUUAGAUGAUUCAUCCGGCAGCGGCGGCGAUGUGAUGUCGCCGAGUAUAAUCGAGUUCGCGGCGGCCAGACUGCAGGGCACUAUCUCCCGAUUGUCGGACGGUGCCGGCGGUGGUGGCAAACCGACUGAGGACAUGAUGCUGCUCGAGAAGCAGGGCAGAAGCUCACAGCGACAGCGGAUGACGGUGGAGGACGGCGGGGAGCCGCGUCGCGCUGGCAGUCUACCGCCCAGCUCGUUACCAAGACCACCGAGGAUGCUGAAGGCGACUAGCGGCAAUUCCCGUUACUGUCGACUCAGCGACACGGAGACGCGUAAGAAAUCGGAUCCCGGACCGGGUAUGCUGAACGCGUCGUCUGCGACGAGCGGCGCCGUCAAGUCGAUGCGCGAUUCCUCCGGCAAUUGCAGUAGCAUCGAGUACGGUAGAUUCGACGCUGCCGCCGCAGUCGCUAAGGCGUCGCGCAACAAGAAGAAAAAUUCUGUCGAGAGUUUCAUGAACAACUCGCUGAAGAAAUCGUCAUCGUCGGGACUGACGGGUGGUGGCAGCGGUCACGAAUACGAGAGACUGCAAACCGACAUCACGACCGGCAGCAAUCGAAAGAAAUCACUAAUUGGUGGUAAUUACAUGUCAGAGUCACCGGUGAAGCACAGGGAAAUUCAGAGUCGCUCGUUCAUACCGCCACCGCCGUCGUCUCGUACUCGCAUCGGUGAGUACGGCCGCCUCAGCGAUGGCGAGUCCUCCGUCAUCAAGGUAGGCGGCAACACAUUGAGGAAACAAAUAGGUGCGGGAGGUUCGUCCCGAGGACAGAGCACCGGCAGUAUCGUGAGCAGCAAGAGCGGUGGAGCCCGCGAUUCCGGCGGUACUGCCAGCAGCGAAGCGUCGACAGCUUCCCUGCCACCAACCAAGGCAAGAUCGAUACCGCGUCCCAAUUAUCGUAUUCAAUUCUGAUUCACGUGCAUCGCGCACAUUUUGGUCAAGAAAUACUAAAGCUGGUCUUCAGACGCGCGAUACACGGAUUCGAUAAACGGAUCUUGAGUCUAAAUUUCACUUUGUAAUUUAAGACGUUUGAAUCGUUGUGUGAAAAUCCGACGUCGAGCUUAUUAGAGAUUCGAUCGGUACUGUAUGUAUUACUAGAAAUCGGUAAUUUCAGAUGCUCUUAACACAUUCAUUGCCAUCGAUAGUUAUCGUUACCCGACAAGACGUAAUGUGUUUACAACACGCCUUUACUUACGUUUAUAACAAUACGACGACUAUGUUUAAUAAUAGCGGAAAAGCGUAACGAGCAAAAUGUAUUGCGAACAAAUUAAUACUUUUAUCUAUUAAAAUUUUAUAAAUAAUUAUUUAUUGAUCUUGGAUAUGAAAGAAAUAAAUGGCGUGAAUGGAAAAUUAAGUAGAAUACGCUUGGCGAUGAAUGUGUUAAGUAGAUACAACUGGAGAUACUGUUUGCUGCAACUUGACACGGGACUCAAUCGUGUCUCUCCAUCGAUAAUUUUUAAAAGAACACAUUUAAUUACCGCAUUCAUUCGUAAAAUUAAUUUCACGUUAAAUUGUGAAACUGAAAAAUGACUUGUUUCCACUCAAAACACUCGACUGUUGAACCGUUCGCAUUUCAAAGUACCGCACAAGGUGGUUCAAUGAUUCAGUUCUUAUGAAAAUUCGUCGAGACGAGAUUCGACGGCCAUAAACGUAGGCAUGAGGACCAUGCGAGUUGAUAUACCGAACAAGUACAAGUUCGCGAAACAAGUUUCUAUCGUCAGACAACGUUCGCAUCAGUCUUGUUGCAACAGCGAAUUAUGUUAAGGGUCAGCACCGCGAUGUAAAAACGGCCAUGACGAUAAUAAGUGCCUAGUUUUAUGUCGCGCCAUUACGAUUACUAUUUAUCGAGUAAGCCACUCGCAGGCCAUAACCGGAUACGAACAACUACGAUUCGAACUAACGUAGCGAAGUAGUGUAUGACCUAGUCAUUACCAAAGUAACUCUUUUAGAAUAGGAAAGAAGAAUUGUCGUCUUCCCCAGUCGCGUUUUGCGCCUACGGCGGCCUUAUACGAGAGAUAUUCCUCGUGCAAAGUGCCUCUUUCGUGAGUCGUCUCGCGCGUGACCUACGAAUCCCCCCCUUUUUUAUGCAUCUUUAUCUUUCUCCUGUAAACCGAAAAGAAAAAGAAACGGUGGGAUCAACUUGACUUGCGAUUACAUUUGGCCCGAAUUGAUAAUUAAAUCAAGAUUCGGAUAAGCAAGAGAGAGAUUGAAACAUGAGGAUGAAAUCUGUUGAUGCACCUCUUUUUGUCCUCGCAGUUCGUUCCCGUAUAUACUCGCGUACAGAAAUACAUAACGCGCACACAUGAUUCGAUAGACAAUACUUCUUUUCGCAUAGCUUUGUGCGUAGCUUUACUAGAGAAGAUUAUAUAUUAAUCUUUUUUAGAUUAUGUAGAUUUAUAGGCUCGUAAUAUUUCUUUUAUCGCGCUGUUUUAAUGUUAUUUUUCAGGGCGAAUGAUGAUUAAGAUGGUCUUUCCACGCUUAUACAAAAGAAAAAAGAAAAAAAAACGAAGUGACAAACUAAGAACGCCAAAGUAUAAAACUAUUUAUCCGCGCGCGCGUGCUACGAUUUAUAUAUAUUACAAAUGUUUCUUAAUAUAAUUUACCGUAUUUAUUUGUGUUAUAUUUUGGAAUUAGUUAUUUAAUAUAUACGCACGCGUACGCGCUUUAUGCAUAGCUCUACUCCCCUUUCCUCAAUUACGUAAUAACAGCGCAGCUAAAUUGAGUUUUCUUUCGAAUUUUAACAUACGGAUACGCCGAUUGUGAUGUAGCAAAGCUACGGCACGCAUUGUAGGAUAGAGCUCUCUAAAAAUAAGCGUAUGAAUAACUGGGAGACGUAUCCCAUGAAAUGGUACGAAGUUUGUAAUCAGCAGUGUCGAUCCUCGAAUUGAAAGCGAAGGAUUCAUACGAGGAUACGCGUUCUUUUGGAGCAAUAUUAAAAUGAACGAAUCCCGAUACAAGAUUGCUGAACGAAGUAAGGUGAUGAUGAUGUUGAUAAUCUUGCAUUCAACGAUUCGGAAAUACACCUCCGCCGUAUUCUACUCUUUUUAAUCUAGCAUCAGAAAAAUUAUCAAUUAGAGUCCCAUUUUUUUCCAUUGACUUUGUUUUCGAUUUUUUCCUCUCUUAAUUGUUACGACAAGAGACACAUAGUGAAGCGAUAUCGCGAAAUGAGAGCGGAUCGGUGUAUCUUCCACACAUGCAAGAAUACCAAAUGCGACGUCACCAAAGAAGCUAAGAGCAUCCUUGUGAGAGCUACGUGGCUAUUACCUCUAUGUAUCCGCGUAAAGUGUCGUUCCUAUAUAUUAUUUCCAAGUAUAGCGCUCGCUUACGCUCCUCUUGUGUGCGCGCGCGCGAAUUAAAGCGAGAUUUCGAGUCUCACGAAAGCGUAAAUUUCGUGAGAGAUUCAACUCCUUUUAAAUCGAAUGGCAGGGCUCGAAUAUAGCACUGUCAGAUCGUUUCUGCUCUCUAUUUUUGAUACGGUCGUUUGCUCCGCGAUAACCGAUUGUUCAUCGUCAAAUUUAUUAUGCGAUGUCGCGAUUUUACUCCGUUGAGACUUUACAUUUUAUUGAUCAAAUGAAGUCUGUGGUUUCGAUAGCUUUACUGUAAGCAGCAGUAGAAUUUGUAGAAUUUCCAGUGCCUUGCGAAAAUCUAUUCUAUCGAUCGAAACUGCGAAAGAAAACACGUCUAUCGCAAUCGGUGCUUCGAACAAGAUUGCCGAUUGACGUCAAUGUUAUUUUCAACAUUUUGAUAUUCGAAAGAAUGUACUGGCAAUUUUACUUGAUGUAAAAAGGUUUGCAUUAUAGUCCUUCUUGUAAACUA